AAAUAAUACAGCGAUAACUCCAAGCUAUGCAAGUGAAAUAGCAAUGUACAAGCACAUUGCAGAACAUUCACAUGUGUGCAUGGCACAAAGGACUGGGGCUCGCAAGAAUAAAGAACAAGCAUACUCACAUUGUAGUGACAACAUGAAGGGCCAGAAGAAGUGAGAACAGUGCAGUUUUUACUUCAAAGUUCUUGUAGAUGUCUGACUACAAACGUGCUACGUUUCAUGAUGAGGAUAUUCCGGACCCUACAGGGGAGACAGCUUCAUCUCCUGAUACUGUAGAGGUUGGUUUUCGGAAGGGAAGAGGGCACAUCUUUAGUUUCCUUGGAGGUAGAUCUCAGCCUGAAGUUUUUCUGGGCAUCCUAAGUGCAGUUCUAGGAUUGUUGCUCAUUGGAAGUCUAAUUGCUUUGGGAGUUCAGCAAGUCUCAGACAAGUCCCGAUCUCUGUGUCUCUCUGAAGCCUGCAUUUCUGUAGCUGGACGAAUUCUAGAUUCCCUAGACAGAGAUGUGGACCCAUGUGAAGACUUCUAUCAAUACUCCUGUGGGGGUUGGAUGAAGAGAAACCCAUUACCAGAUGGACGGUCAAGAUGGAAUACAUUUAACAGUAUAUGGGAUCAGAAUCAGGCUGUGCUGAAACACAUACUUGAGAAUGCCACAUUUAACUCUAGCAGUGAGGCGGAGAUGAAGACACAGCGGUUUUAUCUCUCCUGUCUGAAGGAGCAGAAAAUUGAGGAGCUUAAAGAAAAACCUCUCACUGACCUCAUAAAGAAGGUUGGUGGAUGGAAUGUCUCAGGUAACUGGCGGGGCGAUAAUUUUAUGACUGUGUUGAAGACUGUCUCAGGAACGUACAGGGCAACCCCAUUCUUCAGUGUCUUUGUCAGCGCAGACUCCAAGAGCUCAAACAGCAACAUAAUCCAGGUAGAUCAAUCUGGACUCUUUCUUCCGUCAAGAGAUUAUUAUCUCAAUAGGACAUCUAAUGGGAAGGUGCUUGCUGCCUUCCAGCAAUACAUGAUAGAUGUGGGGAUGCUGCUUGGUGGCUAUUCUGGCUCAGUGGAAAUACAGAUGACCCAGAUUCUGGAGCUUGAGACCCUGCUAGCCAAUAUUACUGUUCCACAAGAUGAGCGUCGGGAUGAGGAAAAAAUUUAUAAUCGCAUGACGGUGGCUGAACUGCAGAACCUGGCACCUGUAUUUGACUGGAUGGAUUAUUUGUCCUUUGCGCUCUCACCUUUGGAGAUCAAUGACACCGAGCCUGUGGUGGUUUAUGGCAAGGAAUAUCUACAGCAAGUGUCAGAACUGGUCAACAACACAGACCCAGUUAUACUGAACAAUUACCUGAUCUGGAACCUUGUCCAGAAGAUGUCCUCCAGUCUAGAUUCUCGUUUUGAGAAAGCCCAGGACAAAUUACUUGAGUCACUCUAUGGAGCAAAAAAGUCUUGCACUCCUCGCUGGCAGACCUGUCUGUCCAAUUCAGAUGAUACACUUGGUUUUGCCCUGGGAUCUCUGUUUGUUAAAUCUAUGUUUGAUAAGAACAGUAAAACAAUUGCAGAACAGAUGAUCUCCGAGAUUCGAGCAGCUUUUGAGUACACGUUAGGAGGUCUAACAUGGAUGGAUGAAAAGACAAAGAGAACAGCAAAAGAGAAGGCAGAUGCUAUAUAUGACAUGAUAGGAUUUCCUGACUUUAUCCUUGAUACAAAGGAACUGGACGAAGUGUAUGAUGGGUUUGAGGUGUCCGAGGAUUCCUUCUUUCAGAACAUGUUGAAUUUCUACAAUUUUUCAGCUAAACUUAUGGCUGAACAAUUAAGGAAACCUCCAAACAGAGAGCAAUGGAGUAUGACACCACAGACAGUCAACGCUUAUUAUUUGCCAAACAAGAAUGAGAUUGUCUUCCCAGCAGGCAUCCUUCAGGCUCCGUUCUAUGCUCCCACACACCCAAAGGCUUUAAAUUUCGGGGGUAUUGGGGUAGUCAUGGGACAUGAACUGACGCAUGCAUUUGAUGAUCAAGGCCGGGAAUAUGAUGAGGAUGGUAAUCUACGUCCUUGGUGGCAAAACACAUCUCUGGAGGCAUUUAAAAAUCGUACUGAGUGCAUGGUUAGUCAAUAUAAUGCUUACAGUGUGAACGGAGAAAAGGUCAAUGGACGCCAAACACUUGGGGAGAACAUCGCUGACAACGGUGGCUUAAAGGCAGCAUACCAUGCAUACAAAUCCUGGUUACAGAAACAUGGUGAAGAAAAACGAUUGCCUGCAGUGGGACUGACCAACCAUCAGCUUUUCUUUGUUGGAUUUGCACAGGUGUGGUGUUCUGUGCGAACCCCCGAGAGUAGCCAUGAAGGGCUAGUUACAGAUCCUCAUAGUCCAGCCAAAUUUCGAGUUAUUGGGACCCUGUCAAAUUCAAGGGACUUUACCGAACAUUUCAACUGUCCCAAAGGGACCCUGAUGAACCCAGGAAAAUACUGUGAUGUGUGGUGAGAGGGUGUAUGGCACUCAGUCUGUGUGGAAUGAUGACGUGUGUAUGAGAGUGUGUUUGACAGGUAAACAAUAUGUAUGUGUGGUGAGACUGGCAGGCAAUGUGUGCAAGAGAACUUAGCUUAUUACCUACCUUGUCCUCAUUGUGAUAACGUAGCAAAGAAUAUUACCACAGCACUGCCAAAGACAGAAGCAGCACUAGGUGGCCAGGGAUGAAAGUCCUAGUUCUCAACAGUAUAAAUGGAAAUUACCUUCUAUUCAACUACACGUAGAUAACUAGAUUGCACCCCAAACUGUUGUAACAUGGAACAUGUUGUAACCAGGGGUGGACAAGGACAGAAGAGGGCCCCCGUGCAAGACCGGCAUAUGGCCCCUUCAGCUUAAACUGCUCAGUAUAAAGCACCUCAUAAUGUCUCUCUAGCAAUCUACAAAUACCUGAGAAUGAAAUUUAAUUCACUCCAUUACAUACAAUUUAAAAGUCAUCAGAACUCAGCUUUAAAAGGGGCUAUCCAGGAUUUUUAUG